AUGGCCCCUGUUCAGAAGAAGCAAGUUAUCUUGAAGUCUCCCAAGAAGUACGUUAUCAACGUCGCUGUCAAUGCUGACAAUGAAGUUGUUGAUGUUGCUGCUCUUGAGAAGUUCCUCGUCGAGCACAUUAAGGUUGACGGCCGUACUUCCAACCUUGGUGAUCUUGUCACUGUCACUCGUGAGGGCAACAAGAUUAUCAUUAUUUCUUUGACCAAGUUCUCUGGCAAGUAUGCUAAGUACUUGACCAAGAAGUUCCUCAAAAAGAACAACCUCCGUGACUGGAUCCGUCUUGUUGCUUCUUCCCAGGGCGAGUACGAGCUCAAGUUCUUCAAUCUCUCUGUUUCUGAUGAUGAGGCCGAAGAGGAGGAUGAUGAUGAGGAAGAGGAGGAGUAA